AUGCAAAUAACACCUAAAGCAUUAACCGCUUUACAGAAACUAUUAUCUGUUAAUUCACCAAUUUAUCCACAUGAAAUGCGCAAUCAAGAGCAUUCAGACUCCAAAAGCAAUUAGAAAUCCUAGCAAUACCUGAGUAAUCCUUAAAAAGAUGUCAUCAACAAUAGGCUAAAAUAAAAAAUUCCAAGUCCAUCAAAAGGAAUUGAGUCUCUUUUAAGACAUAGUAUAAAUAAAGCCUCAUUAAAUGCUAAACCUUAAGGGAACGUGAAAAAUGAUUUAAUUCAUGUUUUAAAACAAAAUCAAAAUGUAAAAGAAAAUACCAUAAAAAGAAAUGGAAAUUCAUUAAAUUAGCUGCUUUAACCUUAAAUAAAUGUAGCUUAAAAGGAGUAAAGCGCAAAAGUUGAUUAUAAAAAGAAAAGACCUCCUCAAUUAGGUGAUUUUAUCUAAGAUGAUGAUAAUGCGAAAGAAAAACAUGUUAUGACAUCAAAAAGUCUUUAAAAGAGUCCCAAUUAUAUGAAUAAAAUUGCAUCAGGUAUCAUUGCUUGUAAUUCUAGGCUUUUUUACAAGUACUCAUUCUAAACAGACUCAUAUGAACGUAUUUGGAUCAUUAAACGAAGUCCUAAGAUAAUAUAUACAAUAAAAAAGCCAUAAAAAAUGUAUGAGUUUAAUUUAUAUUAGAGAAUGGUACUGCUCGAAAUUAAGAUGAAAAACAUGAAAAAAAAGUUAAAGAUAAUAAAAUACAUUCUGAAAAUAAAAGAAUGUCACUUUCAAAAUAACAUAAUUAAAAUCUUCUCUAAGAAUUAUAUUUAAAAACCUCUAAAAUCUUGAACUCUUAUUAAACUAAAGAAGCACUUUGGAAGUAAGAAAAAAAUAGUUUAAAAGAGGAAGUUAAAUUUUUAAAAUAGUUAUUACAUUAAUAACAAGAAGAAUCUAAUUAAAAAUAUCAAAAAUGA